AUGUCAUCACGAAAAAGAAAAGCGAGAUCAGCUGUUUCUGUGUUUGUUAGGAACCAAAGAGCAGAGCUAGGCACCUUAUCGUCUCAAAAGAAAGGAGGAAUUGAUACACAAGAUAUUGAAAUCCCAGCGCUUUAUCCGCCUAGAAAAGUAACAUUUAAAUACCCUUCAUUAUCACCAGAACAAGCUGAGCUUGUCUCAAUAAGCAGGUCUUUUCUAGGAAAAGCACUAAAUUCUCCUUAUUACCAAUAUUUCCGGAAAUCUAUAAACCCACACAUACUGCUGGAAACACGGAGAUCUUAUGCUACACAAUUUAUGAAAAGCCUUGUACAUCAGAGACCGCAUGCUUUUCCUAAAGAGCUGCAUAGUAAAAAAAUUAAGCUUGACGAAGAAGAAGAGCUUAAAAAUGUCCCGAUUUUUGAAGAAAAUGAGGAAAGUGAGAAAGAAAAUGAAGAAGAUAAUGAAAAAGAAGCGGAAGAAGAAGAGGAGGCAGAAGAAGAAAUAGAAGAUGAUGAGAUGGGAAUGAAAGGGCUUUGGGAAGAUGGAAAUGAAAGUGAGUCGGGCGGGAGCGAGGCUUCUAUUUAA